GGCAAAUAAAUAAAAUCUUUUUUUAAAAAAAGAUUACAUCUUUGAUUUGACUACAACUGUGUAAAAAAAUAAACCGACUAUGCGCAGAAGAAAAGACAAUCAGCCGCAACAUAACAGACUGUCUCGAGGCGGAGGGACGGAGGGUGCUAAGAUAAAAGAGUCCCCAGGGUUCUGUGGGCCCACAAAGAAGGGCACACGCCUAGGGGUUCAGAUAAGGUUUCCUGGGGCUGGGCCCAGGGGGUGAGUGAAAUCUGGCCCAGGGAAGAGGAGUCGGAUGCGUUUGUUCCGGGCUGACUAGGUAGUGGAUAUGAGACGGGCUCGGGUCGAGCGGCCCUGGAGCCCGGGCCCCUCAAGGUUCCCGUGCUCCCUGCAGGCAGUUCGCCGUCGCCGUCGUGGGCAUAGCCAGCAUGGAUGCCAGAGUGCUCUCCCACGAAGAGUACCCAGUCAGCACCAUCAUCCUCCAUGAGGACUUCGACGAGGUGACGAUGACCAAUAACCUGGCCCUCCUGAAGACAGACACGGCGAUGCAGUUCAGCGGCCUGGUCCGGUCCGUCUGUUACCUCGGCACAAAGCUGCACGUGCCGCUGGCCCUGCGGAACUGCUGGGUGGCAGGAUGGAACCCCACGUUUGCAACAGGGAACCAGAUGACGAUGAGUAUCCUGAGGAAAAUCUCCAUGAAAGACCUCGACCAGUGUCCCUUCCCCACUUUCCAGAAGACAGGAUGUGGCGAUCACAUGGCGGAGGAGACGGAUAGCGUCUGCUUGGGGGACCCUGGAAACCCACUGAUGUGCCAGCUGCAGAAGUCGUAUCUGUGGGUGCUGAGAGGAAUCCUGACCGAAGGGGGCGAGCGGUGCCCCGGCCUGUUGGUGUACGUCAAGGUGGAAGACUACAGCGACUGGAUCGAGUCCAAGACCAGGACGUCCGGCCUGCCCCUGUCUGCCGUGUACCACUGGGAGAAUUCGGUGCCUGUCCACGGUGACUCGCCGCUUGCCACCGUGGCGCAGAAAACACAUUCCGGGCUGGGCCAGGUUACGUGGACCGAGACUCAACUCCAAACACGAGAGAGCACCACGGCCGUGACUUCAGAGCCAGAAAACACCUCCGAGGAGAGCGAAGAGUCGAGGGGGGAGGAAGUGAGGGAGACGAGCAGCCUCUCCGAGGCGGCCGGGGAGGAGGCCACGCAGCCCGAGUACUUUGACUAUUACCGGGAGCAGCAGGCUGGGGAGGGCGGGGCCCUCUCGGGUCAGGACAGGUUACCGGAGCCCCGAGAAAUGGUCCUGUUUGCCUUCGUGUUUUCUUUUGUCAUGGUGUAGAGCCUGGGGGC